GUAGAGGUGCGGGUGGUGGUAGAGGUGCGGGUGGUGGUAGAGGUGCAGGUGGUGAUAGAGGUGCGGGUGGUGGUAGAGGUGCAUGUGGCACAGGUACAGGUGUGUGUGUGUGAGUGUGUUGUCUACAUGGGGAGUGUAUGGGUGCCGCACCCCAGUAAGAGAUACCGGUACCCGUCAGUGUGCAGCCCUCAGCACCAGAGGAGAGACGGCGGGUGUACCCUGUGGAGCCUGAGGGUGCGCGUGUGUUGGUCUGCGCAUCACACCCUGUACAUUCACCGCUCAACCUCUUACGGUGACCAGGUGUGGAGGUGAAGGCGCUGCGAGUGGGUAUAAGCAGGUGCGGCAGGAGGCGUGAGGAUGAAGGUGGUGGCGUGUGUGGUGAGGACCCUGUGGCCGCAGGAGUGGACAGGGAGGUGCAGGACGCUGCUGGUGUCUGCGGCGCUCCUAGCCAACGCUCGCAGAGUCCUCAAGCACAUCAAGAGGAGACGACUCAGGCGGGAGUAUGAGAGCGCGGGGAAGGACGUGGUUGUCCUCCACCAGUUCGUCAGAGGCAGGUACUGCCCCAACCUCAGCCCCUUCGCCCUCAAGCUCGAGGCCUUCUUCAGGCUCGCAAACAUCAAGUAUGUGGUGGACAGCCAGACCCCGUUUGGACCGAAGGGAAGGUGUCCGUGGAUCACCAUCAACGGGGAGGAGGUGGCCGACUCCGAGUUCAUCCUGGAGCACUUGACCCACCGCUUCAACCUGGACCUCGACGCCCACAUCGACCCCAGACAGGCAGCCGUUCUGGAGGCUGUUCGGGUCCUCGCCGACGAGCACCUCUUCUGGUGUGUGGUGGUGUGGCGGUACUGGCUGGACGAGAGUGUUACUUUCUUAAAAUCACAGAACUUCAGUCUCUGCUUGCGCUUCGCCUUCUCCUUCAUCGUGCCGCGGGGCAUAUCAGUGUUUUGUGAUC